GUCCCCAACUAGCCGCCAUAUUGGCUGUUGUCCUGUCUAAGAGGUACAAGUCUGGCUUCUUUCCUUUUAGGAUUAGUGUUGGCGUCGGUGAGGACAGGGUGUCUGAGCGAUGACCAGGAGGAGGAACAAGCAGGCGCCUAGCCGCAAGGAGCGUGCAGCUGUCCAGCAGAGGCCAUGCCAAGGCUCCCUGGCUCCUGAUGGAGGAGAGAUGGGCACAGCAGGACAGGUACUGCCACCCACAAACCAGUUUGUACAGACGUGUUGUUUGUUGUGCCAUCGGGAGCGGAAAGACUGGGUUGGCUCCUUGCCUCAAAAUGGGCUUGUUUCCCAAAUGGGUGAGAUGCCGGCCUCCUUUAUGCCAUCCUUGGCACAGAACUUGCUGGGAGAGAUGCCUCUGUGGAUCUGCCAGAGCUGUCGGAAGAGUGUGGAGGAGGAGGAGAGACGGAUAAUACCAGAACAACCACUGGCGGUGUCCUUGUCCCACACGUCCUGCAAGUCACAGUCCUGUGGUGGAGGUUCACAUUCUUCAUCAUCCUCCUCGUCUUCCACGUCAUGUUCAUCGUCCUCUUCCUCCUGCCAUGUGAACUCUGCAGAUUGGGAUCCCAGCUCUUUUCUCUCUGCACACAAGCUGUCUGAGCUAUGGAACUCGACAAACUCAAAUGACGGCACAGGGGUGUCACCGGGGGAUAAAAGUGCUGGAAUUCCCUUGUCCUCAGAAUUUGGUGGCAAUGCUCCCCAGCUCUCCGGUUUGAAGGUCUGCCCAUGUGGUUUAUCAACAGACAGCACAGGGAAACAUCCUACCUCGCACAACGUUUGCAAGUCCCCAAAGCAGAUCAAAGUUGAGACGUGCCACUCUUCAGAGCAUCACCAACAUUCCAAUCCUAGCGCCCCUCCCAACAGUCCAACGGGAAUCUCGUUAUGGCCACCGACUCUUCCACUAUCGUCACAUCUUUCCACUGCCAUCUCAGCAACUUCUUUAUGUACAUUAGACACAACAAACACUUCCUCAAACACAGUAGUAUCUAAUGCUACUACCAUCUCUCCCUCCAAACCACAUCAAGGCCCCCACUUUCUACCCUCUAGUCCGUCUCUCCUGAAUGUCAAUACACCACCACCGCUCUCCUCGUGUAGCCAUCCGUGCAACGGCAACUGCAGUGGGGGAAACGUAUUACCAACAGGGUGCACUACUGGGACCACAGCGAACAGGGACGCAGCGUGUAAAGGACACAAGCCUACUAAUAUCCCGUGUGAAGACGAAGAUGAAGACGACAGUUCAGAGCGAAGUUCGUGCACUUCUUCUACCAAUCAGAAGGAAGGCAAAUUCUGUGACUGUUGCUACUGCGAGUUCUUUGGUCAGAACACGCCACCUCCUGCUCCUACAAGUCGAAAUUAUCCUGAGAUGAGGGAAAAGUUACGAUUUCGUCUCACUAAAAGGAAAGAAGAAAUUCCCCAAAAACUGCCUUCGCAAGAUGAACAAACCGUAGAUAACCGUGAUGUUAAUGAGCUCCUGAACUUCAUUAACAGUAAUGAUCCUAAAUCCUCCACCACUACCGCCACCACCACCACUACUUCCACCACCACCAACAGCAGCAAAGCAGCCAAAAGAGCUCGAUAUAAGUUGAAGAAAAAGGAAAAAGUCUUACAGGAGACUAGUGCCCAAAAGGUAGAAGAUGAUUAUGCGUCUAUUGAGGAUCUCUGUGCUCCUGCAUCGGAGGAGACACUAUUGCAGUGGCCUCCAUUGGAGUUGGAACAAGUUAACAGCUUCCUGACCAGCCGUCUUGAAGAGAUCAAGAAUACCAUUAAAGACUCCAUCCGUGCCAGUUUUAGUGUUUAUGACUUGAACCUUGAUGUUAAUGAUUUUCCUAAAAAAGCAGCAAUGCUGGAGCAAAAAAACUUACUGUCACAUCUCAAUGGUUCCUCUGACCUCCCAGAAAUUGACCUUGAUCUCUCCCCUCUUAAUUUGGGGUGUUCAAAGAGUCAAAGUGCCAAAUCUUCAGAGGAAUCUGAACAUACUUCUACGCAACCAUCAGGAAAUGGAGUAGUUAAGAGGCUUAGUGCUGUUCCCAACCUCUCGCGAAUGAUCUGGGUUCAAUCAUCGAAAGGUUCUGGACAAAGUGCAGGCUUGAAGAAAUCUGGCGGUCUUCCAGACACCAAAGCUUUAAAUCUUACAGAAUUGCAAGAUGUUCAUAUGCCUACAGCUCCACCACCAGCUACUGUUGGACGCCAUAAGAAGCCCAAGAGACCAAGCCUUCAUGUGGGAAAGGGUGAGUCAAACGGUGGUAAAGCCGCAGUUGCCAAAACCUCUACAGCAGGAUCAAAGACUCCGUUGGGGCACCCAUCUGAAAAAAAAGAGAACUCACAGCAAGGCCAAAGUACUAUUUCUGCGAGUAUACACUCUGAAGAAAGAAAGGAUGACUUUAAAAGGACAGGUGGAGAUGUGGUAGCCCCUACAGGCGAGGUUCUUUGUGAGUCUCCUCAACCAAGAAAAAAGGGAAAGAAAAACCAGGACAAGGAAAAUGAAGCCUACUUUUCAAUAGAUUUCUUAGAUGACAUAUUCCUUCCAAAGGAUAUAGACAACCUAGAGAUGGAUGAGACCGAUCGAGAAGUAGAAUAUUUCAAGAGGUUCUGUCUGGAAUCUGCCAAGCAAAUACGUCAGAAAGUGGUUGUGAACUGGACCAAUUUUAGCUUGAAGAAACUCACUUCCAGUGUGGCUCAGUGACAUAUUCCUCCACUACUUCCUUCUAGAGCCCAACAAUCCACAUUUUAUUAGAUUAAUGAUCCUGACUAUUGUUCUUAGCAGAUUCAUUUGCCGUGCAAGGCACAAGAGGUGUUGUGUAAUUUGUAUUUAUUUUAUUUUUAAUGUGUCUACGCUAAACUGAUUUUUAUUUUUAAGAAUUGUGUACUUUUAGCAAAAGACAGACAAAGAAAUUCCCAUCCCCCCAUUUUUUAAAAAAAAAUUGCUCAUAGAAGUGGAGUGAUGGAUUUAAAAAAAAAAAAAAAAAUUCAAACAAACCGUGGGGGGAUAUCGGCCAAAAUUCUUAAUUUGAGCAACCCAUUAACUGCAAAGAGAUGAAGACGGUUUAGCAGAGAAAGACAGUAGUUUUAAUAUGUCAAGGCACAAAUGGGCACACUGUAUAUCUCCCUUCAACUCUCGAAGGUUGACCUAGAUAUAUUUCAGCAACAUCUGGAUAGCUUGGGUUUCCAGGGAUGUAUUGCCCUGGGGGACAUUAUGUACAGUAAAAACAGCUUUUGAGAUCUGUUGUAUCUUGCACAUGGGCUUCUUCCCACUGUGAGUACAGAAACCUUUUAAUGCAGCCAUCUGCAGAUCCAUAGUGUCAGAAUAUGGAACGGCAGCCAGCAAGUUGUCCCAAUGUCUAUUCUAAAACUUGGCUAGGGGGAAAUCCAGAGAAAGCUAUCUAGAGCUCAUUGUUAUUAAAUACCAAUAUUCCUGUAAGCCCAUUAUUUUCAGUUGUAGCCUUUGGCUUCCUCUAGCUGCUAUUGUAUAAACCUUCUCUCCAUGGAAACAUGGUGUACAUUGUAAGUCGCGGUCCAACUCUACUGCUAGAAAGCUACUGGUCUGCUGUUCUCUAGAAUAGUCACCCGUUUUUAAAGGUAAGCGUUAAACUUCGUCUAUAAAAGCCUGAUAAAACUGCAUAGUAGUUAUCCUUUUGGUACAGCAAUGAACUAUAUUGGCAUUUCUAACCCAACUGACUUUUUUGUAAUUUUAUUUAUUUUUUUAUUUUAUUAUAUCAAAGUUGAUCUAAUGUCUCAAAUGAUUUAUUACUGAUUUUUCAGAUUGUCGUCCGAAUAGUCUUCAUAGACCUAGAAACCUGUAUCCCCUUUUUAAAAAGCUUUUGGCUGCCUGUGCAUUCUGAGAGUUGAAUUCAAAAAUUGCUGGGGAGGUCAAUGUUGCUCCUAUGUAGCAUUUUAUUUUUCUCAAUAUGUAAUUUUAACUUCCAAAUGAAAUUCACACCUCUAGCACUUUUCUCCAAAAUCAAUUUUUGAGUUUUAUGAAUUUGAGACUGCCAAACACUACACUGUUUGUGGUUUAUUUUAUUUCAAACCAUUGCCAAGGAAUUUAUUGUUUUUAUAAUCCAGUUUGCACUGGUUGCUAUGAACUGUGGAACUUGUUUUACUGUCCUCUUUGUAUGAGUCUAGAAAAUGGACGUGACGCUAGCUUUUCUACGGAGAACUUUUCAUUGACUCCUUUUUCGUAGAUGAAUCUGCAUUACUCUGCAUAUUUCCUACAGGACUACAGCAUGUGACAGCCUGUGUGUUUUAAAGACAGGUCUCCCUCGCUUCUCUGAGUAGCCCAUGUAAUGGAACUUGUUUGCAGACUCCAUAAUAGUUGGCAAUAUUUAAAGGUACAACUCCCCCUCCGUCCCCCAUCUAAAAAAAUAAAAAAAGGAGCGGUGUGCUUCUCCAGCACUUGGAAAAUAGCAGUGAUUGGAUCUAAAUGUCUAUUAGAUGAUGGGGUAUGGAUCAAAUUUCUUUCAGUGCCAUUACCGAUCAUAAACAUAGUUAAAACACCCAUGAACAAUAAUUAUUUUUUUCUAAUUUUAUAUAUACCCAUUAGAAAUGGCUACCAUGGAGACUGCAACUCCCCAAACAGUGGAUGUGCUUUGUCUUCCAGUUUAUAUUCACAAAGUUACUGAUGUACAUCACUGCAAAGAAUUGGAAGCAGUAGUUGAAAACCAACAAUUCAAAACUUUGCCAUCACAAGUCAGUGUGGGAAUGGGACUGACUGCUUCUCCUCCAAUGGUAUUUGUUGCACAUGUCCCUAUUUUUCCAACACAUCUUUUAAGUGCUGUCAUCACUCCACAUUGCUUUUUAAGUGCACCCAUUGGCUAUAUAAUACUGGACAUUGUUGCCUAGGAAAGAAUUAUUUGAGAGGUACUUGCCUUUUUGUGAUCUGGCAUAAAAAUAAUCACCCUGCACACUUAUUUUUAAAGUCUGUUUUUUUUUUAUAUAUGCUUUACUGUUACCAAUAUGCUCCCUCUUAACAAACUAAUCCAUUGUAUCUAAUCACCACUGAGCAAGAACUAAAUAUCUUUUAAUAUUCCCUUCCAGUUCCCGAUCAUUUAUUUUUUAUUUUUUUUAUUUUCUACCUGACAGCUGGUGCUAUGCCUGAAUACUCCAUGGGACUCUGGCCAUGUGAAUUUGCAAGCUCAGUUUUCUGGGUUUGGCUUUAUUUUUAAUUGAUGUUAUGUUGGCCAAGUGCACAUUGGCAUUGUGUUUUGUUUUUUUGUUUUGUUUUUUUUAAUAAUUAUUUACUUUUAUACUGUGAAAAAUCUUUCUUUCAGGAGAGAUUAAAUGACAUUUGGAUACAGA